CUACAAUAUUACGAAUACGUCGUCAACAACAAACUUUAGUAGUAGAACUUCGAUCGAUUCAAUAUACUUUAAUUUAUUUCCCGAUACGAAUUAGUUAUAAUUGUAGUGGUACUGCGUAUUUUUCUCAAGACUACGAUCUGUGUUAUAAGACUAACAUGACUCUAUCAGAAUACUCUCAACUAAAGCAAUACAUAAUAUUCUCAGUGGGGACAAACGAAAGACACAGUGAAAUAUUGAGUUCAUUGAAAGAGUUUUUCAGAGAUAGUAUCAAUUCUGUGAGAAGAUUUGAACAAAUCACCAGCAUCGGACACCUGUUGAGGGUUUUAGAAAUUCGUGACCUACUAUCUGAAGAUAAUGUAGAAUGCUUAAAAAACAUAGCUUUGAGACUCCCUAAUUCUCAGGAUGUAAUGCAAAGAAUAACGGACUAUGAACGCUGUCAUGUUCCAAGGGAGUAUGGGAAUUAUUACACUGCUUCAACACAAAAUCAGAAAAAGGAGCCAGAAGACAGUUUUAUCACCAGCAGUCCAUUGACUUCUAAUCUAAGUAAAAGGAAGAAACAGAGAAUUUUCGAAACUAUCAUUGAAGAGAUCGGCAGCUUCUGGCGUGACCUCGCCAGGAACCUGAAGAUUCGUGAAUGUGUCAUUGAUGACAUAGAUUUCCAGAAUAAAACAUUAGCUAUAAAAGCUACAAAAAUAAUGGAAGCUUAUGAAUACAAAGCCGAUCCACAGAGAUGGUUUUUUGUUCUUUGCGAUGCUUUAGAGAAGACUCGCAGGAAAGAUCUUGUUAGAUCCAUACAAGAAAUUAUGGCAAUGAAUAUCUGACAUUGAUUGAUUGUUGAUUAGGUUGUUAAAUCUUUUAAGCUUUAGACCUAAGGAUCAUUUAAAUGUAUUAUGAUUUAAAAAUAAAACCCAUAUUAUUUCCUUAAACAAUUUAAUGUUCAAAACAUAGUAUAUAAAAUACUUCCUUUAUUGAUUGUACAUAUUAUAUCACUUUAAAAUAUAAAAAUAUUUAGAUCUGUUACAAACCUUAACAAUAAUUAAACAACUUUGAAAUGUA